GCCUGCGCUCCCGCCUUGCCGCCAUCACCCAUGUCGACGUACGGGACGACUCGCCACCACCACUCGCCGGCGGCGGGCGCGACGUUCUCGACCAAGGACCGCGUCGCUGACUACCACACGACUCUCUUCCGCAGGCUCACAUGGGAGGGCACCGUCCCGCUCGAGAUCCGCGUCGAUUCGAAGGAGCUCCCCGCCAACUCUGAUCGCGGGCUUGAGUGCUACUAUGUCCAGGCGCCGCGCGUCACGUACCUGCCCCUCCUCAUGCCUGAGAUCAAGCGCUUCCUCAUGGAUGUUGUCUUUGACGAGACCGCCGCGCAAGAGCUAAAGGACGAGGAGUGGUGGUUCGAGGGCGAGUACGGCACGUCCUUGAAGUGGCACUGGCCCAUCGGCUUGAUAUACGACAACUUCACUAUCUCGACCUCCAUCCGCCCCUCCACGUCUGCAUUGCCUACAACCGUCCCCUUGCGCUUAAUCCUCCAUCUCGCGUCCCCACCGACCGAUAAAUUGCUCCUCCAACCGAGCGUCGAGGCGUGCAAGCAGGCGUACAUGGGCCAGCUCAAAGAGGCCGACUUCAUCAGAUGGGGCAACACGAAGCGAAUGACGGGGCUCCGGAAAGCCGAGCAGGACGGUAUCUGGGAGGGUAUCCGAGAACACAAUUUCGAUGACUUUUGGAAGGUCGCGGCGAAGGUGACGCCCUCGACGUCGAUGCAGGGGCGGCCUCAGUCACCAAAUGCGCCGCCGCCUUCGUCAGCGUCUAUGGUGAACCGGCCCCCAUCUGCAGAUCCGGCAGGUCCCUCGGACAAGGAGGGCGCGUACAACGUGCGGAGUGUACCUGCGAGGAUAUACCUCCCCGACGGACCCGUCAUGCAGGAUCUUGUUCCCCCGAUGCUCGAGGAUGGAAACCCCCAAACUCUUGCGGACUUCCUGUCGUCAAGAUUACCACUGCUAUUCCCGCCACGACCGCCUCCGCCACCUCCCUCGCGCACGAACCCGCGGCCACAACCUCCACCCGUGCAUGAUUUGGCAUACCCCAUAAUACAGGGCGUCAUCGUACCCAUGGAGGCCGAGGUGGCCUGGCUGAGUGCGUGCAUGGCAGGAGCGGACGGCUGGCUGAAUGUGUGCGUGGGCAUCAAGAAGCAGUAGGCGCGGUAAACGCUUGUUGGGACGUCUCUCAUGAAGAGGUCUGCACGUGCCGCGAGGCAGGCGCCUGGCGUGGCGCCUUCAGCUGCUGUAUCUUAGACUACCGUCUCUUCUAACAUUGACUGUAUCUAUCCUUGUUCUUCGUUCUACACUGGUCACUCACUUCACCGUUGGUCGGCUUUACCCCGUUAUGUUAUACCACGUAUAUCUUAUUGAUGUUGAGAGCGGAGGCUCUCUAAUCCAGAGGUGCUGGAUGUUCGUCUUCACGAA